CUCGUCUGUUUAUUUUGUUGAUAAACGGUGAAUUUAGAGUCGGGCUCCAUCAUCCAGAGGCGCAGGAGCGUUCCAGGUGUUAGUCUGAUCCCCUGGACUCUGCUGAAGGUUGGAGGAGAUGUCGUCCGUGUGGCAGCAGGAGCCGUCGGGUUACUCCCCCUGCCUAGAGAUCGACUCCAGCUCCGUGCGGACCAAGGACCGGCUCGGCUCUCCGGCCUGGCUGAAGCAGGAGCAGGAUGACCUCCGCAUCAUCAAGUGGGAGAACUUCCAGUCGGGAGCCUCGGCCGAUUCUGUGCAGGACAACACACCCAGCAGCGCCAUGUCAGCUGCCUCACAUGCAGAGAGCCUGCCCCCCCGGGUGCUGCUGACCAUCACCAAGCUGCAGUGCAUGCUGGAGAGCAAACAGGAGCGCAUCGCCGCCCUGGAGAGGCAGGUGGAGGACCUGGUGCAGGACCGCCGCUUCCUGAGGAGCCAAAUCGAAAACCUCACCAGCAACCGCUCCAUGCCCACGUUCGCUUGCCCCAGUCCAGUCACAGAGGCGCCCAAACCCAGCAAAGUGCAGCACUCGGAGAGCAAGUCUCGGAAGAGAGAAAGGGCUUCGUCCAGCUCCUCUGACGGCAGCGACAGCGGCUCCGAGGCGUCCGACUUGUCGGAAGUUUCAGCGGCGUCGAGCGAACACAGACGGAGGAAACAUCACAAGGACAAGAAAAGGUCGAGGAAAGGGAAGGACUACAGCAGGAAGAGAGCUACAGGUGUCCAGUACGUCAUCCAUCGCUACAAACAGGUCCUGUCCUCCUUCAUCAAGAAGAAGAACAUGAGCGAAGCCUUCCGCCACCUCGGCAUCGACCGCAACACCAUCGCAAACACGGCGUCAAUCGCCGAGCUCCACCUGGCCGGCAAAGACAUGGUCCCCCUGGUGGGCAUGUUCCGCCAGGGAGAGGAGACUCUGGUCAGCUACGCCCAAAGGUGCACCUUGGUCAUUGACAGUGACACGGACCUGUCCAGGAGGAUAGACCAGAUGAAAGCCAACGGCGAGCUUCUGCCCAUCUCAGGGAAACGGCCGAGGGUGUCGCAUUCUCACAUGCAGCAGCUGGGGGGCGCUGCAGACAGUAUUUUAAUAGGUUGAUUGAACAUUAGAAGCCUUCUUCCAAAUCUUGAAUUAGUUGUUCUCUCAACCUGAACUGCUGGAUUUCAAUGUGCUUAUGUAGUUUUGCUUUUUUCCUGGGGACCAGAAGUUUUAAAUAUACAUAUAAAUAUAUAUACACAAGUAGCAUUCUAACCUGACAAGAUGUGGACGUAUGUUUUUUUUACUGUCAUGCACAUUUAUGUACAGUUGAUUUCAAUAUUGGAUUUUUUAAAAACUAUGUAAGAGCUUGUGUGUAGUGUUAGAAACACCCACAAGAUGGCAGUGCUCACACAUAAGACAAGUCAUUACAAAUCUCCUUUGAUCCAAAAUGGUGGAUGGACAAUUUUACAUUUCCUGCACUGGCUGUGUUACUUUAUGUUUAUAUGAAGUUAUAUUCAUGCACUGUAAUUUAAAACUGCAUUCAUGUGUUUACUUAAUGUUUCCAAACCUGCCAACAAAUGCAAAUACAUGUAUAUAUGGCCUUUAAUGGAGGUAUCGGUUAUGUAUCCUCUACACUAGAAGAUGUAAACACCUCAUCCCAGGUCCUAUGAUGCUAAAAAACCCAAAUCUUACACAAAAAAUCUGUGACAUUAAAUGUGAUGCAGCUGGAGGGUGAUAUAUGUUCAGUCUCUGGACCAGAGGAGUGGACAGCAGCAGAUGUGCAGACGGAUGGCAGAGCUUGGUAAAAUAUCCUCCGGCGAUGGCGAGUGUCAGUGCAAAGUGUCGCCGCUGAUUUCCUGUGGUGUUUGCUUUUCAGGCCGAGUGACAAACGACUCGUGCAGAGCCAUUACAGGGGCUGCACCCGGGCUGUUUGUCGUUGCACGGGACUCUGUCACUGUCAGUGCUGUUCAGUCCUGUGCCAGAUAUCUGCUUAUCUUUCACUCACACAUCCCAAUCCCCCCCCCUCCACCCUCUCCUGCUAUGAACUCAUUCACUCAUUUCUCAUCACUUCUCUGUCUCACUUCUCAUCCCUUCAUUCAUCCCCAAAAGUCCCCAGGACAGAGGCAGGUGGUUGAAGGUUGUGGACGGUGUAGGAACAUUUAACGCCACCAGAGGCAACCGUCAACCACCUCGCAGCUGGUUUACAGUGAGGGACCAACUCCUGAGUUAUACAAAUGUCAGUACUGCUCUCGUCACCAGGACACGAUGCAAUUCUGCAAAUCCUGACAUGAAAAAGGACCUUAUGGACUAUUUGGUUUUUGCACACCACCCCUUUUCGGUCAGCAUGUCCCGAAAUAAAGCAGCAAAACAGAGCCCCAACCUGCGUUUGAGUGGCAGCUGUGAAUUUGGUGCUAAUGACUCAGGGUGAUGAAUCUCAGAGCUGAAGAUGGAGACAGGACGUGGGCCUAAUCGAGCCUGAAGCGUCCUCUUCUCCUCCCCCGGCCUUUUGACUCCCACUGAUGUGGGGCCAGCUGGGACUCCAUUUUGUGUCUUUUCUGAUUGCAGGUGCCGCGUCACUGCAGAGCCUCCAAGUGCCUGAUGGCUACAAAAAUUCCAACCCCUCCUCCUCCUCCUGCUCCUCCUCCGAUUCUGACCUUGACAAAAAAAAGAGCAUCUGGUCGUUCUCACAGUGACGAGUUGUAAUAACCACCAAUCACCUCCUAAUGGUUCAAGUAAAAUGAGUUUGAACUGGUGGGUUCAGACGAAAUGAGGUAAUGUUUUGUUUUACUGCUGCAUGAUAAAAGCCUCAGACAUAUUUAUGUAAGAUUAAAAGACUUGUAACGGAGCGAAAGAGCUCAGACUUGAGCAGCUGAUUGAAAAGCUCCGUGGGGAACACACUGUAAUUCUUGAGAAACAGUGGGUGACCGUUUUUCACAACUACUGAGGUUAUUAUUCUCACAUGUUGAGUUUCAGUGCUCAUCUUGUGUUUGGCUGAGACGUGUUUAAAAUCACGUUUGUCUUACAACAGGUCAUCAUGUUGUUUUUCUGUCUCAUUAAACUGCUGCCAUAUUAAGUGGGAACCUACCCACUGUAUUUCC